GGGGCCUGUCCGGUGCGUUCGGCCUGGGUAUUCCGCGUGCGCCGCGUACGUCCCCUCGGGCUGGCGGAGCUGCACGUGCGCUGCUGCGUUCCGCGGUCUGGACCCCCAGGGAUGCGGCUUGCGGGAACUGCCACUUUGCUGAACUGAUUGAGAUAACCAUUGCAGUCCAGUGGACGUGGAGCAUUAAGAUUAUCUUGUUUUUGGAUGAUCAACAAACAAGCACCAGGCAAUGGGGAAGAGCAAAGGGAAAGGGCAGAAGAACCAGAAUGUAUUUCAUAUUGCCAGCAAGAAUUUGAAAGCUAAAAAUAAAGCAAAACCAGUCACCACAAAUCUUAAGAAGAUAAACAUUGUGAAGGAAGAAAAAGCUAGAACUGUAAAUAAGGCAUUCAUAGACAUCCAAAAAGAGCUUGCACACUUCUCAAAAAGGCUGUCACUUGAACCACUGCCGAAUCAGCUGCGCUCUGAAGGUGAAACAAUCAGUGUGGAAGAUGCUACAAGAUUAAUGGCUCAGUUGUAAUAUAAUUUGGAAGUAUUUAAUGGCUCAGUUGUAAUAAAUAUUGGAGGUAUUUGGAUUCUAAAAAAUGGACCAACAAAA